ACAAGCAAGCCUUCCACUUUCUGUAUUCGCUUUGUGCGAAUACAGAAAAUAAUACAGAAAAGAAUACAGAAAAGACCAUAACUACCAUAGUGUUUCUGUUCUCUUUCGCAAUGAUGUUGAAGAAAUCCGUCCUGUAAGAGGAACUAAAAACAGGAAGAGGAAGCUUAAGAGGAAGAAAGUGGACAGGGUGCUGAUGGAGACGACAGAUGAGGACUCCAGUCCAGUCACAAUCGCAAACGGUGCCUACCCGGUACGGUGCACUGAGGAAGUGCUUCUCCCUUUCUUCACAGAUGAGAGUCUGCAGGCCGCCAUGCGCUCACAGCACCCUCCUUCCUCCCGCAGCGUCCCUCCUGCUCUCCCAGACAUUAGACUGGUCCUGCUGGGCAGGAAAGAAGCAGGAAAGAGUGCAGCUGGCAACACCAUCUUAGGAGGAGUUGGAGGGUUUGAGAGUGGGAAGCCCACGGAGGAGUGUGUGAAAAGGCGAGCUGAUGUGGCGGGGAGAAAAGUCACAGUGGUGGACACCCCCGGGUGGGAGUGGUACUACCCGCUCAACAGCACCCCUAACUGGGUGAGGAGAGAAACUUUACGGAGCGUGUCACUUUGUCCUCCUGGACCCCACGCUGUGCUGCUGGCAGUUCGGUCCUGUGCUGCAGUGACAGAGGCCUACAUCGCUGAGAUAGAGAGGCACCUGGAGCCGCUGGGAAAAGGAGUUUGGGAGCAUACCAUGCUGCUGUUCACCAGGGGAGACGAACUGGGUAUGGGCACCAUGGAGCAGCGAAUCCUGACAAGCGGCCCAGCACUCCAGAGACUCCUCCAGAAGUGCGGGAACAGAUACCAUGUUGUGAACAACCUCAGCAAAGGAGAUGUGACACAGGUUCAAGAGCUGAUUAGGAAGCUGGAGGAGAUGGUGGCGGGGAAGAAGGAGGGGAAGAGUCACUUAGAGAUGGAUAGUACGGUUCUGUUGGGACUGGAGGCAGACGGGAAGAGGAGAGCGAGGGAGAGGAGGAAGAAACAGAGGCAGAUGGAGGCGCAGAUGCAGAGAGGAACCAUCAGGGCUGCUCUCAUGAGUGAUGGUCUCCAAGCGUCCGAACUAGACGCCCACCAUUCGUUCUCCAAGGCUCCCCGACGUCUAUCUGAGGUCAGGCUGGUUCUCCUGGGUGAGCGCGAGACAGGAAAAAGUUCUGCCGGGAACACCAUCCUGGGAAACGUUUCCUUCUUCCAGGCAGGGGUGGUAACAGAAGAGUGCAUCCGUAAGCAAGCGGAGGUGGCCAUGCGGCUGGUGACGGUGGUGGACUCUCCGGGCUGGGAGGGAGGCGUAGCAGGAGCUACAACGGAGAGGGUAAAGAGGGAGAUAGUCGGUAGCAUGGCCUUGUGUCCUCCUGGACCCCACGCUCUUCUGCUGACUCUGAGGCUGGAUACACUGGUGAGAGCGGGACAUGUUAGGGAACAUCUGGAGCUUCUGGGUGAGGGUGUAUGGAGACACACGAUUCUGCUGUUCACACACGGGGAUCACCUUCGAGAGGGGGUGGAUAUCGAGCAGCACAUCCAGGGUGGGGGCAGAGACCUGCAGUUGCUGCUGGAGAAGUGCAGGUGCAGGUAUCACGUCAUAAGCAGCGUCGAUGGAGGAGGAAGAGGAGGCUCUGCUAAGGUGACAGAGCUCCUGGAAAAGGUGGAAAGGAUGGCGGCUAUGAACAGAUGUGAGGCUUUCUCUGACCUGGUCCUGGAGGUGAGAGAUCUGAGCCGGCAAAGGAAUGAAAAGUUCAACCAGCGCUUGAAGGAUAUAACAGAUAAAAUGCUUCGUCAGGAGGCGGAGCUGAAGAAUAUGCGAGACAGGGAGAUGAAGAGCAUCCGGUGGUUCUUCGAUAGGAAAAAGAAAGUGAAAUCACCUGGGAAGGCUGAUAUUCAAAGGGAAGAAGAGGAGGAUGAAGACAGGAGGAUUGGCGAAAGGAAGAAUGAUAUCGGUGAGCUAGAGGAGAGGAUGCGAUGGCUGACGGAGGAUAAAGAAAAAGAAGUUCAAGAUCUGAGCAUUGAAAAUGAGAGAAUCCGCGUAGAACUAAACCAGAGUACACAAGAGAAGAACGAGGCGCGACUCAACCUGGAGCUAAAAGAGAGAGAGAUUGAAGAGCUGAUCGAAAGAAUCGACGAGCAACAACUGAAGCUGCUCGACCUUGAACGUGCCGGUGUAGAAAAUGAACAAGAGAGAAAACAGAGGGAGGAAGCCAUCAGAGCAAAGCAACAAGAGUGGGUGAGGGACAUGGAGAUAUUGAAGGAAAACAUAGCGCUGCACAAGAAAGAGAAAACAGAGUGGAUGGAAAAAGUUGAUUCAUUAAAAGCAGAAAUGGAAGAAUCUAAAAGACAUCAUGACAAUAUUCUUGAGAGAAAAGAACAAGAAAAAAAACAGGAGAUGGCAGAGAUGGAAAAAAAACUGCUGGAAAAGGACAAAGAGAAGGAAGAACUGAGAACGAAAGCCUCUGAGGAAAAGCAGAUAACUCUUGAAGGCAUGAAACAUUAUGAAAAGGACAUGGAGAUGAAAGUUGAAGAGAUGAAAUCAAAACAUCAGAAGGAGAUGGAGAGAAAAAUGCAAGAGAAAGAGAAACAGAUACAAGAUAUACAACUGCAGCAUCGGGACGAGAUGGACAGAAAAAUAAGCGACAGGAAAAAAGCGAUGGACACAAAGAAAGUUCAACACCAGGAAGAAAUUGAUCAAAUGUUGAAAGAAAAGGAGCACGAUAUGGACAAUAUCAAACGACAGCAUGCAAAUGAAAUAAGGGACAUACAGCAAACACAACAAAGAGAGACUGCUGAGCUGAAAGAGCAGUUUGCAAAAGAAAAGGAGGAACAAAUUCAAGCCAAAAAGAGAGAGAUAGCAGAGUUAGAACAAAAGUAUGCUGCCCAAAUAGAGGGGAAAAUGGUAGAAAAUGAAAAAGAGAAGGAAACAAUUCAUCUAAAUCACAAAAAAGACAUGGCACAAAAGAUGCAAGAGAAAGAAAAGGAGGUAGAAGCCUUAAAAUUGCAGCAUCAGGAAGAAAUGACAAGAAAAAUAAAUGAAAUAGAAACACUGAUGGAGGCAAAGAGAAAUGAACACAGGGAGGAAAUUCUUAGAAAAGUGAAAGAAAAGGAGGAAGACCAACAACAGUAUGUUGAUAAAAUAAGAGGCAUAGAGCAAGAAAGACAACAAGAGAUUAACAAGUUGAAAGAACAGUUUGAGAAAGAAAUGGAGAAACAAUCGCAGCAAAGACAAACAGAGAUAGAAGAGUUAGAACAAAAGUAUGCCGCCCAAAUAGAAGGAAAGGUGUUAGAAAAUGAAAAAGAGAAGGAAAUGAUUAAUCAAAAUCAUGAAAAACACAUUUUGAAAGAAAAGAAAUGGAGCAAAGACUGGAAGAAAAGGAAAAAGAGAUUGAGGAAAGGACACUGA